UUUGGCGAUAUCUAUCAGGAGGAGCAUUUUAUCAGCUACUUGAGACCUGACAUUCGAAUAGUGAAAGAACUCCCAAAGGAGUUGCAAUCAUUGGAUUUGGAGGCAAUUGGCAGUCUGGUGACAGAUGAAAAUAUUCCCAAAGAAGCCAAACCAAGUUUUUAUUUGAAGCAUAUUCUACAUAUCUUGAAUCAUAAUAAGGUUGUGCAUUUUGUUGGAUUUGGGAAUCGCCUGGCAUCCGAUCCAUUACCAUUUCAGCUGCAAGUAAAUCCUUUACUUCCUUUUGGAUCUUUCCCCCUGGUUUUGGGUCAUUUCUUUUACUACUCCCUCCACCCCCACCACUCUUUUUUUCCCAAAAAAGAAAAGGUCCCAUUUGAUAAAAUGGAAGCAAUUUCUAAUGUAACUUGCCAGAAAAAGUUACAAGACCAAUAUGAUAAAUUUAGUGGGAGGGAGUAUACAUUGGGUCAUUGUUUCUUAAAUUUUGAACUUCCUCUAGAGACUUCGAUGCAGAUGUAAUUUUCACGCGCUGAGAUUUGUUCCCAAAAUACAAAAAAUUGGUGCUUUGCUUAUUCGGAGGAUGAGACAAAAUGUAACACGCUUGGGGCGAUUGGAUCCUCACCUUGUUGGUCCAUAUGCAACAACAACAAUAAGGGGUCAAAGUAACCGAGCUGUAAAAAGUACGCCAAAAUAUUUGGCAUUACACCUGAGGUUUGAAAUUGACAUGGUGGCCCAUUCUUUGUGUGAAUUUGGUGGGGGCGAAGAAGAAAGACGAGAAUUGGAAUCAUAUCGUCAAAUUCAUUUCCCUGCAUUGGCGGAUCUUACAAAGAACAAGAAGUUACCCUCCCCUGCAACUCUUAGGUCUGAAGGUCUGUGUCCGUUAAUGCCUGAAGAAACAGCUCUCGUGCUUGCUUCCCUUGGUUACAAGCGUCAAACCCAUAUAUACCUAGCAGGUGCACAUAUCUAUGGAGGGAAGUCCAGGCUUGCUGCCUUAACGACCUUAUAUCCAUAUUUAGCAACAAAAGAAAGUUUGCUUUCCCCAUCUGAAAUCCAACCAUUUGCAGAUUUCUCUUCUCAGCUAGCUGCUAUGGACUUCAUUGUCUGCACUGCUUCGGAUGUGUUUGCUAUGACAGAUUCAGGGAGCCAAUUCUCCUCAUUGGUGUCUGGCUACAGAGUGUAUUACGGGGGUGGGAAAAUGGCUACCAUACGCCCAAACAAACGCAGACUUGCUGACAUCUUUGUUAAGAACAACACCAUCCAGUGGAAGGCGUUUGAGGACAGGGUGAGAAAGGCAGUGAGGCAAACGAAACGAGUGUUUUCGCGCCCACUUGGCAGAAGUGUGUAUCGAUACCCAAGAUGUCCCGAGUGCAUGUGCAAUACAGGCAACUGAUGAAUAUGAUUAUAUGACUUUGUACAUUCGAUUAUAUAGUAGUACCGUUCUGUAACUGAGUUUUUUUUCCUCUUUCUUUUUCAUGUUUCAAAUGCUACAUCCAAACUAAGAGCCCAUUGUGGAAGAGUAAAACUUGUGAGUUUGC